AACGCAGGGUUUAACUAUUAUUAUAGGUUGUUAGCAACCCGGCUAGUAAGGUUGCUAUCAGAUGACUCUGUAAUUUGCAUUGUGUAGAACAACUUUAACAACUUUUGUGUUUCUCAACACUGUAUAAAUGGGCAUGUGUCCGUGACCUGUGUCGUCGAGAGGCAGCGACGAUGAUGUCCCCCGGAGGCAGUGUGCUCCUCAGAGCUGCUGUCACACUACUACCCAAACCAAGUUGGAGCCGAGGAUGUUUGUGGUGUCCAUGCAGGAACAUUUCUGUGAAACCGGGAGACCUGAAACCAAAGACGGUUCCCGCUCGCUACCUUGGCCAGCCAAGUCCUUUCACUCAUCCGCACCUCAUCAAACAUGGUGAAGUGACACCCGGCCUGAGCCAAACCGAAUAUGAACUCCGUCGUCACAGGCUGGCCUCACUCAUCGAGGCCCACUCGGAUAAACUCGGACCGUCUGCAUCGUCCGGCACUCACGUGCUCGUUAUUUUGUCCCAUCCGACCCGCUACAUGACUAAUGACAUACCGUAUCCUUUCCACCAGAACCAGGACUUCCUCUACCUGUGUGGCAUCUUGGAGCCUGACAGUGCUUUGGUCCUCCACGGGAAAGGACGACCAGACCAGGCCAUUUUGUUUGUUCCUCGCAGAGACCCAGGCAGGGAGCUGUGGGAUGGCCCGCGAUCAGGGUUGGAUGGAGCUGCUGCUUUGACUGGCAUAGAGAGGGUUCAUAGCACCGAAGAACUCGGUCUGGUGCUCAAAGCCCUUAAAGGCUCCACCCUGUGGUAUGAUCAUUCUCAUCCAGCCAACUCUCGACUCCACCAAGCACAUGUCCAUCCCGUCUUGCAGGCCGGGCCAAUGCCACGCCCCCUAAGUCCACUCAUUCAUUCACUCAGGGCUUUUAAGAGUUCGGCGGAGGUGGCUCUCAUGCAAGAAGCAGGUCGCAUCACAGCGCAGGCUUUUAGGCGGACGAUGGCUCUAUCUCACGGGGAAGUGGAUGAAUCCGUACUCUUUGCUAAGUUUGAUUUUGAGAACCGGGUCCAUGGUGCAAAUUUCCUGGCCUAUCCGCCUGUGGUUGCCGGAGGGAAUCGUGCCAAUACUCUGCACUACAUCAACAACAACCAAAUCAUUAAGGAUGGUGAAAUGGUGCUCCUUGAUGGCGGCUGUGAAUAUUUCGGUUAUGUCAGUGAUGUGACCCGAACGUGGCCAGUAAAUGGAAAAUUUAGCGCUCCGCAGGCAGAACUUUACGAAGCCGUCCUGGAGGUCCAGCUCUCCUGUUUAUCUCUGUGUUCGCCAGGUGUCAGUCUCGACCAUAUUUACAGCACCAUGCUGGCCAUGUUGGCAAGACAGCUCAAGCGUCUUGGCAUCGUCAAGUACAUCGGUACCAGCGAUGCUGAUCUAUUAAAGGCUGCAAGGCGGUACUGCCCCCAUCAUGUUGGACAUUACUUGGGCAUGGACGUCCAUGACACUCCAGAACUGUCCCGCUCACAACCUUUACAGUCUGGAAUGACCAUCACCAUAGAACCAGGGUUGUAUAUUGGCGAGGAAAAUGAGCAGGCCCCAAAGUGUUUCCGCGGCAUGGGGAUCAGGAUCGAGGAUGACGUACUGAUCCGGGACAAAGGUGGGCCCUUAAUUCUAUCAGCUGAUGCCCCAAAGACCAUUGGUGAUGUAGAGCGGGCCUGUGCCCAAAGGUAGGGCAGGAGGAGACGUGGCAGUGAUGGUCGGCAUUGAAUGUUCUCCACUUUUCAUUUGUCCAUAUGGUGAUGGAAGAUGGUGACGCUUCAUGAAAUUUGUGCACUCAAUUUUAAAGAGAUUAUUUACAGCCUGAGUAUAUUGGCAAACCACCAAAAACUUGGUGACUCCGAAGAGCCAGAAGUUUGGGUGUAGAUUUUUCUGGACAGGGAGAGUAUAUUUAUAUACAAGAUAUUCAAGCUUUUAACCAUGUGAAAUCUACUGCAUUGUUACCGAGCUGUCAGUGUGCGAAACCAGACACUGAGCUUUGAAUACAAGCCCCAAAAUGUUAAUUAUCACAUUUUGUCAUGUCUUCCCAUGAAUCCUGCAUUGUUGCACACACUUGUCAGAAAUGCAUGGUUGCUAUAAUUUCACAACUCAUUCUAAUCUACAGUGAUUCACAUUAAAUGUGGAACGUGAA